AUGUGCUCGCUGUACUCCUUGUCGGGCUCCGGGGCCGACUCGUCGCUCACGCUCCGGCUCACGGCCGCCGGGGACGCCUUCGGGGAGCACGAGCCCACGCUGCGCUUCGGACCGUCCGGCGACGCUGCGCUUGCCACGGAGCCCGUGGCGACGGCGAAGAUGAAGACGAUAAACGGCACCAAGUUCCUCAACAUCCCCGAGGGGGUCGAGGUCACAUGCAAGUCGCGGACGGUGUCCGUCAAGGGCCCGCGCGGCGAGCUCACGCGGACGUUCAAGCACGUGCAGCUGGAGAUGGAGAUGACGACGAACGCGGCGGGCGCGCCCCAGCUCAAGAUCCAGCUCUGGUUCGGCACGCGCAAGCAGAUCGCGACGAUCCGCACGAUCUACUCCCACGUGGAGAACAUGGUCAUCGGCGUCACGCAGGGCUUCUGCUACAAGAUGCGGUUCGUCUACAGCCACUUCCCCAUCAACGUCGCGCUCAACGGCCGCGUCGUCGAGAUCCGCAACUUCCUCGGCGACAAGCUCGUGCGCAAGGUCAAGCUCCUCGACGGCGUCGACUACGUGCGCACGGCCGACGUCAAGGACCAGAUCGAGCUCACGUCGAACGACAUCGCCGCGGUCUCGCUCACCGCCGCGCGCAUCCGCCAGUCCUGCGACAUCAAGCACAAGGACCUGCGCAAGUUCCUCGACGGCAUCUUCGUGAGCCAGAAGGGCCCCAUCCCCAAGGAGGACUAGACGCGUCCGCUCCCCCGCCCACCCCCCGCGCCGCCGAGGCGGCCGGCGUCGCGAUGCGCCGGCCGCGCCGAGUUAUCUUUUCGCACC